ACAUGGUUAAUCUGGAUAAAAAAAAUUCUCCAUCUGUAAAAGCUCAGGACACUGCUUCCGAAAUAUAUUCUCUUAACUGUGGAAACUCCAAUGGCAGUGAACAUCUGUUAGACGCUGUGGUCUCUGAGGUUCAUUCUUCUGCUAAGCAGCGCUCAGAUGAUAAUGUUUCUUGCAGGACAACAAUGACAAAUAACAGUAGCCACUGCAGACCUAAUGUUGAACUCCCCUACAGCCAGGCUCAGGUUCUUGAUCAAAUUAAGGAAGAGUUAUUUGGUGUUCCAGAAUAUCUGGCAGAAGCAGAAGCAAUGAGUUGUUCAUUUUUAUCUGGAUCUUCUAAGGAUUAUUCGAGCACCUAUUCCCUGAAUAGUUCCAUUUAUGGAUCACAAAUAAGUUCAUCAGUUGUAAAGGGUCAGGACAUCAAACAGAGUAGCUGUGCAUCUACAGGAUACUCUAAGAAGCCUGAUGAAAUGUGCAAAACAAAUCGCAAGAGGCUUAAACCAGGAGAAAAUCAUAGGCCAAGGCCGAAGGAUCGCCAGAUGAUCCAAGAUCGUGUAAAGGAAUUAAGGGAAAUUGUGCCAAAUGGGGCAAAGUGUAGCAUUGAUGCUCUUCUCGAACGGACUAUCAAGCAUAUGCUUUUUUUGCAAAAUGUCACAAGGCAUGCAGACAAGCUGAAACAAACAGGAGAGCCAAAGCUUCAGAUUGUUAGCAAGGAUGGCGGUUUGCUCUCGAAAGAUAACUUUGAAGGAGGAGCAACUUGGGCAUAUGAAGUUGGUUCGCAGGCUAUGGUAUGCCCUAUCAUAGUUGAAGAUCUAAAUCAACCCCGUCAAAUGCUUGUGGAGAUGCUUUGUGAAGAGAGAGGUUUGUUUUUAGAAAUUGCUGACGUAAUUCGAGGGUUGGGGUUAACCAUUUUGAAGGGGGUUAUGGAAACUCGGAAAGACAAUAUAUGGGCACACUUUGCUGUGGAGCAGGCUAACAGGGAUGUGACGAGGAUGGAGAUUUUCGUCUCACUGGUUCACCUCUUAGAGAAAAAUGCAAAAAAUGUCAUUCAACCAGCCAAAGGCAUUAGUAAGGAAAUACCAUGAUGGUUCAGCAAUUUCAUCAAGCUACCUCUGCUCCUGCAUUUCAUCAAACUGGAGCAACCAGUUUGACACCGAAAUUUAGGGCCGUGAUAUGUUAUGAGCGAGAUUCUACUCGCCAUGACUGACAUAUGUUCCCGAUCAGUCUUGUGAUCAGUUAACGGCAACUGUUGAUACUUCUUCCUUCACAAGUUGAAUGGAGGUUGGAUGAUACCUAGGACUGAGUUACAUUUAGAAUCUGAUGGAUUAGCAAAUGUAACAAGUAAUCAAAUGCCAUAGAAUUAUCAUCUUAGAGCAUGGCAAUUGAUUGGAGAAAGUAGUGUUCCAUUUUUUUCCCUGGUAUCCUGCUACUUCUAGCAGUGUUUCAUUUCAGCAAAUCUCCCAAAGUAAAUAAUUUUCACUUGAAAAAAUCUCUCCCAAACAAUCACUGAUUUAUGUUGUCUCUGUAACAUUUGAAAGUGUUACCUUUUUCUUCA